UUUGCCUCCCUCCACACUUUGACCACAGUCUGACAUUUUCUUUUCUGGACUCAGGCACCAUGACAACUCUUUGGAUUUUCUUUAUUUUUAUGAAUACGGACGGGUUUCUGAAAAUAGCAGUCUGCAAGGAAACACGUGACCAGGUUUUGAUAAUAACUCCUGAAACACAAGAGCAGGUGGACAUCUUGAAGAAUGUGACCUCUCAGUAUGAGACGGCCUUAUGGCAGCCGGUGUCACCCGUCUACAUGAAGGAGCAAGCUGAAGUCCACCUGUUUGUUCCUGGAGAAAGCUUCGAGACGGUCACGUCUCUUCUCCUGGAGCAUGACAUAACCCACAGGGUGUCGCUGCCCAACGUCAACGAGCUGAUUGAAAUGCAGACGAUGAACGGCACCGACCCUCGAAGCACCUCCACCUUUUACGAGCGAUACCACAGGCUGGAAGAUAUCUAUGACUGGUUAAACAGGACCGCGCAUGACAAUCCCCGCACAGUCAAAACCAUCCUCGUCGGUUCUUCGCACGAGAAGCGACCUCUGUACGCCCUAAAGCUUUCCUUCAGCGACAGACCCAACAGGAAAGCAAUGUGGAUCGACUGUGGAAUCCACGCCAGGGAGUGGAUCUCCCCGGCUUUCUGCUUAUGGUUUGUACACCACUCUCUGUCAUUUUACAACUACAACAAAGAGAUAACGGACAUUUUAAACAACAUGGACGUCUAUGUCCUUCCUGUCAUGAACCCAGACGGAUACAAAUACACGUGGACGACAAACAGGAUGUGGAGAAAGAACCGCGCCCCCAGCCACAACCCAAAAUGCGUUGGAGUCGAUUUGAACAGAAAUUUUGACGCCAAUUGGUGCACGGAGGGGGCCUUGCCCUACCCCUGCUCUGAGAUCUACUGCGGGGCCUUCCCUGAGUCGGAGCCAGAGUCGCGGGCCGUGGCCGACUUCCUACGGGAACACAAGGACUCCAUUCAGCUGUACAUCAGCAUUCAUUCCUACUCUCAGAUGCUGCUCUUCCCGUACUCCUGCACUGUAGAAGAAGCUGGCAAUCAUAAUGACUUGCUUGAGAUGGUCCAAGAAGCUGCCCGAAAAAUCAGAACAUUUUACAGAAGUACUUAUAAAUACGGGGCUGGAGCUAAGACAAUAUAUUUGGCGCCUGGGGGCUCUGAUGACUGGGCCUACGACCUCGGCAUCAAAUACUCGUUUACAUUUGAGCUCCAGGACCGUGGGGAGUAUGGCUUCUUGCUGCCACCAUCCCGCAUCGGCAACGCCUGCAACGAAGCUUUAACCGCGGUGAAGACCAUCGCUCUGAAAGUUAUGGAGAAAACACAAGCUCCAAAAAGUCCAGCUGCAGUCUGAGCAGAACAUUUUCAACAAUGCAUUCAAAAAUAUGUAUUUUAACAUCUAAUCUGUAUGUGGAUAAAACUUAAAAAGUCACUGUGGUCUGCAAAUAUUAUGAAUUUAAUAAAAAAUAAAAAAAAGUAAAAAUGCAU